GUCUACUCGUAGCGUACGAACGUGCUGGACGUGAUGGGUCUGAUCGGACUGUAGCAAAAGGGUCUGUAGCAUAACGUGGUUCCGUGUACGAUGCAUCGGUGUGAGAAGAGCGGAUGAGAACCAGUCCGUCGUUCUAGCCGGGAAGAGAUUGCAUACUUUUCGGCCACUCUGUGUUGGUGUGAAUUGAACGAUUAUUGCGAAGAUUGCCAUUCUGGGGAUAGACGAACGGGUUAACGAGAUAUGUAUAUGCAUAGUUGUAUAGAUUGGUAAUUCGUGGAUGUUGUUUUUUUUGUGGAAGGCGCACGCCUCUUUUUGCGUGGUCUCAAGUCGUACAUUCGUCCGCGGGUUAGAAGUAGGUCGGUGUGUUGUGACAGUAUGCUUCAGGACUAGGUCAAACUUCGUGGAACAGUUUAGUCCGUGUGUUGAAAUGUUUCUUAGCCUUUAACUGGGUUUGGUGGAAUUUUCGAGUGGUGAAUAGUGAAGUGUUAAUUUAAUUUGUGUGAAUAAUUAUAUCUAAAGCGUCCAACAUGGCUUCGAUUUCUCUGCCGCGAAGACUGCAGAGCAAGAAAAACAAUGUGGAUACUGAGCAUGAGCACCUGAUCAAGAAUAUGAUUGUAUGAAAAAAAGUGCACCUCCUCGUUUCAAUCGCAGUAUCAUACUUCAAACCGAAGGCGAUAGAUAGUCAACUUACUGCUGUGAAAAUUUUAUUGUGAUUAAAUGCAUGACAACGAAACCCGCGAACAUCGAUUCGAGUCUUCUCUACCCAAUUAAAUGAAAAGAUAAAACCAAGAGCAGCACCAAGAGAAAAUUAUCGUAAAUUGUGCAACACCACAGAUACUCAAGUGGCCAUAAAAAAUUCGAUCGAACAAGCUUUUACUUUCGAUACGCACGCGAGCGGAAAAAUUGAGCGGCUAACAACAGCAGGAGGAAAAAUUGCGGAAAACCAGUAAAACGAGCUAAUCGAAAAAUAACUGAAACAAUCCGGAAUUCACUAAUUAAUUGGCCGAUAAGACGAAAGUUUUUACCAUCUAAUUUAAAAUUAGACUGAUUAGAGUUCCCUAAGAAGCGGCCAUUCCGAACCGGUUUCGUACUGGUUUCGUUACUGUAUGGAACUGGUGAUUUUUUUUUGUGAAAGACUUUCUGAAACUUGUUAGUUAAUUAAGAGUGCAUUUUUAAUAGUUGAAGCGAAGCUUCCAUUAAUUGUACAUAAAUACGGGUAGACCUUUUUUUAAGCACGUUAAGGUUUGAGAACUAUCACACAAGAUGUCGUUGACCGACAAAGAGUAUUACAAUCUGACCAUGAGCAUCUCCAAGGCAGUCAGCAACGUGGAGGCACCCAUCAAGGUCAAACACGUCCGAGCGGCCAUCAUCGGUACCUUUCACAGCAAGGGUGGUCACGCGUUCUGGGCUAUCGCCAUCCGGCAGCCCAUCCAGGAAAACCGGAUCGUUGCAUGGAAGUUUUGCCACCUGUUGCACAAAAUAUUACGCGAAGGUCAUCCACACUGCUGUCAGCACUCGAUGCGCCACCGCGGAAUGCUAACCGAGGCCGGCAAGCUGUGGGGUCACUUGAACGAUGGGUACGGUAUCUGCAUCAAACACUACACCAAGCUGCUGGUGACGAAGCUGGAGUUUCACGAUCGUAAUCCCCGGAUACCGGGCAGUUUGAUACUGCGGCCCGGUGAAUUGGAACAGAUCGGCGGAGGGGAUAUCAAUUUUUACUUCCAACUGGCAGUUGAAAUUUUCGAUUAUCUCGAUGACAUCGUUGCCCUCCAAGCUACAAUUUUCAACUCCAUCACCACAUUCUGCGUCAGUUCGAUGACCUCCGCCGGCCAGUGCCGGCUGGCCCCUCUAAUCCCAUGCAUCCAGGAUUCCAACCCACUGUACGACUUUGUCGUACGAAUCAUGUUCAAGCUACACGCUAACCUCCCGUCAGACCUGCUGACCGGACACCGGGAACGCUUCCGCACCCUGUUCCAACAGUUGAAGGCCUUCUACAACCAAUCGCGCAACCUACAGUACUUCGUAAACCUAAUCACAGUUCCUAAACUGCCAAGUGCCCCGCCAAACUUCGAACAGCAGAGUGACCUCGGUAAUUACCAGGCUCCCGUUGUGGUUAUGCCAGACACCGAACCGAUGGACAACGACACGGAAUCGAUAAUGUCGGAGAGUCUGAUCGACACCACAGAAGCAGCUCCACCCAUUCCCGAGUUACCUCAGCACCACAACAAUCACCACCAUAACCAUCAUCACCAAAACAAUCACCAGCAGAAUCACGUCCAGCAGGCGGCUCCUAACUAUCAACUGCUGGAGCUGGAACGCCUGCUUAAGGACCGAGACGACCUGAUCCGGCACCUGCAGAUGGAGAUCGAACGGCUUGGCAAUUACGUCAAGUCGCUAACGAUCGAACAGCGCGACGUGCAGCACCGGCUCGAAGAUCAGAUCGCUCAGCUGAACUCGCAGCUCACGCACACCCAGGGUGAGCUGAGCAAUUUGCGAAUUCAGAAAGAGGAACUGGAGCUGCGAGCUCAAACGGCACCCACACUUGAACAGAAAGCCCAAGCAGAGGAAGAACGAGCCAAAGCCAGCGAGGAAAAGUUCCAGAAACUGAAGACUAUGUACACCCAGAUACGGGAUGAGCACGUUCAACUGCUUCGCCAGGCCAAGAUCUACGAAUAUAAGAUUCAAUGCUAUAAACAGCACGGCGAAAUCAGCAGACAGCUGGCCACCACCAGCAAGGCCGCAUCGGACGCCACCCUAGCCAAGGAGGAAAUCCGAAUUCAGCUGGACGAACUGCAGCAGAAACAGUCCCUCGUCGAGGUACAGCUACAGCAGAGCUCCUCCGAAGCCAAGCGAGAGCAAGAAGCCGUCGCAGAGGAACUGCGUGAAAUUACCGAAAAGUACGAAGCUCUCCAGAGCAAGUACCAGGAGAUGGAAGCGCACCGGCAGGCGGAAAUUGCCGAGCUGAAGAUCGAUCUGGAACGGGUCGGAGCGGAACUGGUUUCAUUCCAAAGCGACAAGGAAUCGCUUCAGGCGGAAAAGGGUGCCCUGGAGAGCAGUCUUGGCGAGGUGCAGCAAGAACGAGAACAGCUUUCCAGACAGUAUGACGAAGUACUGUGCAAAAUGGAGGCGCUGCAGAUCGAAACGGCGGUGCAUUCGCGGGAGGAAGCUACACUACAGCAGAGCGUUAGCCAAAAAGCGCAACAGGCUCAAGAACUGUCAAACCAACUGGACCAACUCCAGCGAGACUACGAAUCGCUGCAAAAACAACAUUCCGAACUAGAAGUUGCCAAAGCAGCGCAGGAGCAGGAGUUUAACCAAACUCAUGUAGAAAACCUGCAGAAAUUGGAAUUUCUACGGAAUGAAAUGUCGGAAAAGGUGUCCGCUUUGAACGUUGAGAGGGAGGAUCUAUUGGCCGACAAAGAAACCUUAGUUCAGCAGAUGGCUGUCCUACAGACCGAAUCCAGCCAGCGAACGUUGGACUUUGAGUCGCUGGAGAAGGAUUUGAAGAACGUCAUCGAGCAGAAGGAUCACGAACUGGAAGAACUGAGAAGCAAGUGUACGGAAAUUGAGGAAAAGUAUCAGUCUCUCGAUGCAAAUAUGGACCGAUUGCUGACCGAGAAGGGUACAAUCGAGUCCGACCUGCAAGAUUUACUCCAUCAACAGGACGAAAUGGAUCAGAAGUAUCAAGCGGCAGUGGACACCGUGCGAAAUCUGGAAAACGCACUGGUGGAUUCGAAAAUAUGCGGCGAAACGGCACUUCGUACUUUGCUGGAGGCUUGCAUCAAAUCUUCGGAGAAGUUGGCCCUGCGAGCGAUCAGUGAAAACGAAAUGCCCGGAGCUGGGGGAACUCCCACGUACUUCCUGAUGAUCGCCGAGGAGCUACAGGAGGUGCUAUCGAAACUGGCGAUUGUGCACGAAAACUACCGCAAGGACAAUUCCACCAAUGUGGAAUCGUUGGCGAGAAAGGUCAUCAUCGGAGCGCACCUGCUGGCAUCUGCCCACGUUCAGGGGAUGUCUAUCUGCAACCGGUCCGCAAAUAUCGAAUGUGGUGAACGCAUAGCAGAGGAGAUCAAAGAGCUAGCUGGUUCCAUUGCCGGUCUGUUCCAGUCGCUGCACAAAACCAGCGAAUCGGACUCGGUAGGUUCGAAGAUUGCCGACCUUCGGGGCAAGCUGCAGAAGGUGACUGAACUGAUUGGCGAGUUGAGCAAGCAAACCGACGGCACCGAGAAUCUGGGCGAUCUGGUGGAGAACGAGCUGAGCAGUAUGGACAAGGCGAUCGAGGAAGCGGCGGCCCAAAUUGAGGAAAUGCUCUCGAAAUCACGCGCCUCGGAUUCUGGCAUCAAGUUAGAGGUCAACGAAAAAAUUCUGGACGCGUGUACCACUUUGAUGCAUGCCAUUCGCAUCUUGGUCCAGAAAUCACGUCUGCUGCAGUCGGAAAUCGUCUCCCUUGGAAAAGGAUCCGCCUCGGCGAAAGAGUUCUACAAACGCAACCACCAGUGGACGGAGGGACUGAUCUCUGCCGCUAAAAGCGUAGCCCAAGGAGCUAACUUUUUGGUAACGGCAGCCAACAAAACCGUCGCCGGUGGGGCCCGCCACCAGUUGGAUCUGAUAGUGGCCGCCCAGGAGAUUGCAGCAUGCACUGCUCAGCUGGUGGUGGCAAGUCGAGUAAAAGCACCCCGUGGAAGCACGAACCUGGCCGCUUUGGGAACCGCCUCCAAGGGUGUCACUCAAGCUACCGGUAUCGUGGUAGCCACUGCCAAAGAUUGCAGCCAGCGGUUGGAGGACUCACAGGAUCUGGACCUUGGCUCGCUGACCGUUCAUCAAGCCAAGACCAAGGAGAUGGAGAUCCAGGUCAAAGUGCUGGAGCUGGAGCAAGCACUUCAGAUGGAACGGAUGAAGUUGGCUGCGUUCCGCAAGAAAAAUUACCAAUCACCAGCCGAUGAGUGAACUUUUAGUCAUUUUGGUAAGAGCAAACAGAAAUUCAGAAAUAUAGUUCUCUCUAUGAAAGUGAAGAAAUACGACAUGUCAAUCUACACGGAAUAGUUUACAAAAAAAAAACUAUAAUACACGAGACAAUAUAUCAAAUUUUUAUUAGUCGUCUACACUACGGGCGUAGAUUCGUAGCGGGAUAAAAUAUCAAUCGAUUGCACCCCACCUGUCGAGGCGGACGAAAAACUAUAACAAUAUGAUAGAAAUCGAAACUAUUUCUGAUUGUGUCUUCUUCUAAAAAGCCAUUAAUAUGAAGAAAAGAAUGGAUUAGAAUUUAUACGCGCUAUCAGUCAUUUACCACUCCUUUGUCCCGCGAAAAAAAAAAAACGAAUUUGCUUCAUUUCACGAUCCCUUCAAAAUCAAUCUAUUUUAAUUAGUUUCGUUCCCAUGAAACUUCUUAGAUUUACUACUAAGCCCAUUAGCGGGAAAUGUUAAAAGUAAUAUACCAAAAUAACCCAUUUGAUUAUGAUUAAGGCAAAGAUGUGGUCUAAUUUAUUAUGUUUGUCUACGUUGUACCAUGAUGGAAACAAUUGUUGAUAUAUAUAUUUUUUAUGAUAGUGAAACAAUAAUUUAAAACUGUUCUACCGAAAUAAAAAGCUCAGCUAAGGAAAUUGUAAAUGAG